AUGAGUGAGUCGGAGACCUACACUGUGACUGUGGCCACGGGGACAUCGGAAUAUUCAGGCACCAACAACUACAUCUAUGUGACUCUUGUGGGGGAGCAGGGCGAGAGUGAGCGCACCCUGCUGGACAACCCCGGCCUGGACUUCUGCAGAGGCGCCGACCGGACCAGACGACGUCGGGUCCACGGUGCAUGCUACUCGGGUUCCAGGACGUUCGCCUGUACCACCGUCGCCUCGCCGCUGGGAGUCGCCAUCGCCACACGUGGGGCUGUCGGCGCUCGAACCAACGGGGCUGAAAAUUGCAUCACCUACGCCAGCGUCUACUUCACGCCGCGGGGAUGGAUCCGGAGGAGCUGCGCACGCCUGCCAUGGUCGGCAGAGGGCGCGGGGUUUUGGUGUCCCCUCUCCCGUUUUCUUUGA